UGUGAUUGGUUCGUUGAGAAACCUGUAUGAUAUUUUGUCAACAUUGCCACAGCUGUAGGUAACGUAAGCAAGUUCCUGUUAUUUUAUUUCUUGGCCCUCUGCAACUGGAUGUAAUUUUAAAAGCUGUGUCCAUGCAGUAAUGUGGUAUACCAUGGCCAAUGCUCAGAUGUCGUACCAGCUAUCAGAACGGUUAAUACGAGCAAUCAGUAACUGGCAGACGUUUACAACGACCCCAGACAAGGAUAUCGAGGAUCUCAUCAACCAAGGUGCAGACGUGAACAGACUCCAUGGAACUCUCCUACCUCUCCACUGCGCCUGUAUGGUCACUGACAUGGACACCCUUAAACUGCUGCUGGAGAAAGGGGCUAGGGUUAAUGACGUGGAUGGUUAUGAAAGAGCCGCACUACACUACGCUGCAGAGAGAGACGCCCUGAGUGUAGAGAUCCUCUUACAGAAUGGUGCCGAUCUGAACGCCAGAGACGGCAACCUUGACACUCCUCUACAUUGGGCAGCAUUCAAAAACAAUAUAGAGUGUGUUAAACUGUUACUACAGAAAGGGGCAUAUGUUGAUGCCCAGGACUAUAAUUUGGACACGCCUCUAAGCUGGGCCUCCAGAAAGGGCCAUUUAGCAGUUAUUGAGUUACUUUUAGAAUAUAACGCCUCUGUAGACCUGAAGAGCCUUCAUGGACACACGCCUCUGAUGCGGGCAGCUAUGAUACAGGCUACUGGACUAAACACAGAUGCUGAUGAUGCAUGUCUGGAACUACUUCUAAAGGCUUCCGGACAAUUUGAUCUACGAACAGACAAUGGACAACUGCGGAGCAAGGUUGAACAGGACAAUAAGCUCAGGGAGAUGUUGAUUCCUUUAUGUGAAAAUGUGCGAACAUUACAGGAUAUAUCUCGACAUGCUGUACGACAGAAAUUGGGAUAUAGAUUCCUGCCCAAUAUUAUACCCAAACUACCUAUACCUCAGCAACUGCGGGAGUUUGUUUUACUGCAAAGAUGAAAAUUUAAACCUCAACUUGCAGAAUUUUACUUUUAUUUUAUUUAUAGCAGCUUUUUAGGUUUUAAGCUAAUUGUAAAAAUUGAAAUGUAAACAAAUUCUAUACUACUGAAAAAAUGGUAUGCUCUAAACAAUAAUACAUAAAGCAGAAUAGAUCUUCACACAC